AUGACUUCAACCUUCAAAAGAUCUUUUCCCAUCACUCACAUAACUACCGCCUCGGCCAUAUUGCAUAUAGAUGGCAUCAACUUCCUCACAGAUCCCGUCUUCUCUCCGGCGGGCACAGAGUGGGAUAUGGGCCUAACCGUGCUCAAAAACACAAAAGGCCCGGCCACACAACUCGAAGACAUCCCCGUCAUUGACGCCGUGCUUCUAAGUCACGAAGAUCACCCGAUAAGUUGGACGAACUCGGUCGGCGCCUUCUUGACGGCCGCAGGGUUCUCACGACACAAGACGGAGCCCAGAAACUCGCGCCUCGUCCUGCAUCUUCCCGAAGGUGAAGUAAUUGGCUUUGUGCUGAGAGCAGCCACGGUUCGAGAAAGAAAUGGCUUGCCCAACGUCAUUUACAUCUCUGGCGACACAGUCUACCUCUGGGAGAUCCCCAAAGUAUUAUUGGAGAAAUACCACGUCUCAUUUGCGAUCCUCAACAUUGGUUCAGCGGAGGUUGCGAUAUCAGACCCUCCUUUGCUGGUCGCCAUGGAUGGGAAAGAGGCUGGGCGGCUGUUUCGCGAGAUUGGAGCGGAUGUCCUGGUGCUAAUGCAUUACGAAUCCUGGGAAGACUUUCCGGAGAACAGAGACCAGUUGAGAGUAAUAUUGGAACAGGAGGGCGUUUCUGACCAAGUGCGCUGGCUAGAGCUAAGAGCCGAGACAAAGAUACUCUAA